CAUCCAUCGGAGCAUUACAAAUUCGUGUUAGAUCUAAUUGUAAGUUGGUCUUUCAUCAUAAUAUAUUUUUACACAUGACAAAAUUCUCAUCAAAUCACUUUAUUUUUAGGCACCAUCUAAUUCUGAAUCGCAAUAUACAAUUACAGAGGAUGUCGGCAUUGUACUAAUGGCACUGUGUGACAGUAAAUAUCGCUGCCGGCUUGUUGAUGUUGGUGCACAAGGUCGUUCGAGUGACGGUGAAAUAGGAAGCAAUUCCGAGAUAGGUAGGAAUAUGUCGAGAGGUAAAAUGAGGAUACCACCAGAAGAUAAUGUUGGUAGUAAACAUGUAUUAUCACCAUAUGUUUUUGUAGUUAAUGAGGCGUUCGAGUUAUCUGAAUUUAUGAUGCGCCCAUGUACUGGGAGAGGAGGACUCCUGAAAGAGAAAGCAGUUUUUAACUACCGACUGAGUCGUGCUCGCAGACUGAUUGAAAAUUCCUUCGCUAUUCUCGCAGCACAAUAGCGUAUGAUACCGAAAGUCUAUAAUUGCCAAUGUGGAUACUGUAACAGCAAUUGUAAAGGCUUCAGACUGUUUGCAUAACUUUCUGGAACAAAACAAUGAAAAUAAUCCAUAUUGCCCACCUGAUCUGGUAGAUUUAGAGGACAGA